UGUCUAAUUUGUUGGUCGUGUGCUUGCUUGAUAAACGCAAAGAAAUCUCGACUCGGUCAUAUUUUGCUUUGUGUUUUAUCAUUACAAAGUUUCAAACAGCAUAACAAAUAAACUACGAUUAAAGCAAGUAUCAUAUUUAAACUUAAAAUAGUCAGCAGUUUAUUUCACGCGACUGCAGGCGUGUGUCGUUAUCACUUUUAGAAAAUGGAGUCACCUGAUUUAUAGAAGGAAUUUUAUUUUAUCGUGAAUAAAGGAGGGAGUCUUCGUCAUGUCUUUGUUGAAUAGCCCUAAAUCUUUUCCGAUGCAAACACCCGAAACGACAACACCUGUUGAUAAAGAAUAUGAGCACUGUAAACAGGAAGUAUUUGGAAACAACAUUCUCAAGUCCUACUCACACUGGUUCCUCAUACCGUCGGUGUUAAUCUUGCUCUCGUUAGCAUUUCUUGAAAAAAGACAAUCAGUUAAGCUGGAAUUUCUUGGUGGACGCCCUGGACUUCCAAGACCGUUCAGUUUUCUAGAUGAGCCCAGAAACAAAUGGGGCAUAGUGUUUGCAUUUGGAUCAGCAACAACAAUCCUUCUACAAGUUCUAUCCAAGACAUUCAGUGAGGAAUUUCCAGUGUGGGCAAAAAUUUUUUUGGUGUACAUCCUUAGUAUGGAGACGAGCCUUAUCUGCUACCCAUUAUUUGCCUGUAUGUCAACUCGUUACACACUGGUCGGUGCCAUAACCGGAUUUCUCUAUUCAUCGGGAUGGUUAUCUUUCCAGCUGUUUCGUCUUGUGGCUUUUGCUAGAUGUUCUGCCAAGUUCGAUGCGCCGGACUCUGUGGGCUUAACAGGACGCGCAUCUAUUGAGGGCGAACUUCCGAUAGUUCUGUUCAGUCUUAUAGUUGUCAUCAAAUUUGUCUGGAAGCUUGCCAAGUGUAUAAAACAGAAGAAAUAUUCAAGGAGUCGAUCUGAGGAGGCUGGAAAGAAAUUGUGCAAAAAGACUGAUCUACUGUAUGUAAAGGCUCUGUUCAAUCCAAGAAAGUAUACAGAAACAGAAGAGGCUUUGAGGACAAUGCCGUGUUGGAUUAGAUGGUUUCGUAAACUUGUUAAACCGGUCCCAGGUUUCAAAUUUACCAUUACUAUCCUCGUCACAACAUUUGUCUCAUGUAUUUUUGUAUACUGGACGACAUUAAACCUUGCAGCUUUAUUUGAUCAAUUUAUACGCAAACCUCUCCCACAAUUCAACGGGCUGCUAACAGCGGCAAACGUGAUUGCCUGCCUGAUCACUGUACUCUGUGGACUAAGAAAUGUCUACCUUGUUCUCAUGAAUUACAGGCGAGAUAUGCUGUGCCUGUACAAGGGUGACAGGAGUUUCAUUCCCGCUGUAUUGAGGAAUUGCCCACCAAACAUUUACAUGGCCCAGGGAAUGAGAUUUAUUGGUAACUCAAUCGUUGGAUCAUUUUGGGGAUCAAUAUUUGUGUAUGUUGUGGUCUGCGUACCAGUUGCCUUGAUGUUUCUUACGUUUAGAGUCUUGGACGACAGCGACAAACUCCAUCUACUGUGGCCCCGAUUCGAGUGGCUGAUCUAUCCGGUCUGUACAGUUCUAAUCUUCAAAGCACAGAGUAUUCUAGUGGCAAAGUUUUUCAUGCAGCCAAAACUUGAGGAAAGCCAUAAAUACAAACCAUUGGCCGUUAAUAACAGAACGGUGUACGAUGUCUUCAGUUUCUUCAUGCUGUUUCUUAAUGCAAGCAUCGGUCUUGUUCAGUACGUGAAGCGAAUCUUGUUCAGUGCUGUUCUCGGCGUUUUUCUGAUUCCUCGAAUGGAUCGAAGCCUUUACAUGCGGGGGUAUGAGACAAUGGAUAAAUGUUACACAAACUACAUCGGUAUGAUCCUAGUCGAUGUUGCCCACAAUCACCCAGUGAUGCGGGUAUUCUGUCAUGUAAUCAGUGACGCCAUGGAAACGACACGCAACAGGGCCACGCCCACCACAGAAAACCCUCUGUAUGCAGACGUCCGGCCAGAACACAACGACAAAAAACUGAGCAUUGCUAAGAGAAGAUGGCUUCUAGCUUUUACCCUCGUCAGAAAUCCAGAGUUAAAGCAGUGGCGAGUUCACGGCAAGCCUAAAAUCAAGAUAGAUAACUCAGUGUAUGUCGAUGUGAGCGAUAUCUUUGUUGAAGAUGCAGAAAACGGUUCUGGAAUCAGUGACAAUAUGGUCAUGGACACUUGGGGUUGUGUUUGUAGAUGUUGUAAGAAUUAUAAAUUAACAAUCCCACCAAAUAUUGCCACUAACAUUAUGGCAGGUAUUGUAUUCUUUGCCAUAGUGGUAAUCUUUUUUGCAUUUCCGUUGGUAUUCGAUAUCAUUAGCUCUUCAACCCCGGCACUGUAAGAGCAGUCAUGAAAAUCUAGGGAUAUUUGUGUUGUGAAUCAUUAUAUUGACCUGUACGAGUUUGUGGAAUUUUCUUAUUACAUGAAAGUAUAACUUUGUAUGAAUAAUUUGUGAACAAAUUAGAAUCUGAUCCUAUUUGACAAUAAUGAUAGUUAUAGGUUUCAAUUAAUUAUUAAAAAUCAUGUCACAAUUGUUUCCUGCCAAUAUAUUUGUGUUCUCAUACUCUCAUGCUGUUAAAGGGUUGGUUACCUAAUUUUUUCCUUUAUUUUCAGAAUGUUUGCAUUUAAACCCUGUACAGUUAAACUGUGUUCGUCUUUAUCCAAUAUGUUUGAGCAUAAUCAUUUAUAAUAUAUAACAAGAUCUGAACAAGCUAUGCAUGUAUGAUUUAUGUGUUCCAUACCUAUGUAGGUGUGAAAUUAUAUUAUAUUUAGACAAAAAAAUGAUAUCAAUUUCAUUUUUUCUGUUUUUCAAAGAAAACAUGUCAAGUUAUUGAGAUAUCCUUGUUGCGCAAAACGUUUACGUUUUUCAUGAAACUUUGUACAUACAUGUAUAUAUGUAACCAGUGUUACUAACUUGUUAUAUGUAAGAAGGCAAUUCACUUUGGCGUCAGUAAUAAAAUGAUGAUAUUUACCUUUAUAGGUAACAGUAUUUUAUUCACAUACACUACAGUUUCUUUGGCGUUUACCCAGAGCUAUUAAACCGGGUUUAUGUUUAAACUUUUUGCUACUGAGCUUGUUUCUGUAGCUUUUAGCACAAAUAUUCUAUUGGGUAACUAAAUACAUGCUCAGCAUAACAUACUGAAGGACAUUGGGUACAUAGGAUAUUGUGCAAAUCGAAUAUUUUUAUAUCAUGAAUGACUUCGACAUACUGAAAUAAGGACAUAAUAUAUAAAUUAUUAUAACUAAUAACUACUAACUAGUGUAAUAACUGUUUAUGUGACAUCACAAAUAAGUAGCUUUAAAUUAUGUGUGCUAUACAGUGAAGUUUUAUGUAUUUAGUAAUGUAAGAGACAUCAAAUUUGUAUUUACGAUAGAAAAAGAAUAAAGUGGACAUUCAAAACAAAAUUUGUUAAACUCAUUUACAAAAAAUGAUAGCGUGUUUAGAGAAACUUGGUUAUAGAAUUGUACGCAUUUAUAAACUCGUACAACUUUCAUAACAAACCGUUUAAACCUUUAAAAUGUCUUUUUUGCGCUGAUAAUAAUGUUAUAUAUAAUUGUUUGUCUUGUUGUAUUUUUUGGCAUUUUAAUUGUUUUCACUAAAUACUUGUAUCUUUCAUCUUAUAUACACAUGCUAUUUUUUUGCUGUUAUACUAAUUUACUAAAUUCCAUAGCACUGGCCUCAAUUAUUGUAUUUUUUGUGUUCGGUAUUGACUAUUUGUAUUCGCAUUUUCUAACUCCAUAAAAAUAACGAUCACUGUUAACGUUUUUCAAUGUUGGCUUCUUGUCUCAUAUAUAAACCUUUUUCACAUA